UCCCCAUUGAGGAGCAUCUGUGCGCUGCCGGCCCUCAUUUCUCCAUCAUUAUUCCAUCAUUAUCUCUCAUGGAUCUGAACACACUGAUUUCUCUCUGUGCACUGAUGAACGUGGCUGUACUCAAGGUGUCUGCAGUGUCUCUGUCCACCCCGGUGGGUGUCUCUGCUCUGUCCGGCUUGUGUCUCCGCAUCCCCUGCUCCUUCAAUGCAUCUCCAGGCUCCGCUCAGCUGGAUCUGCGGCUCAUCAGGCUCUCUUCCUCCCCGUUCAUGAUGCUCCUGCGCCGGCCGGUGUUCAGCAGCAGCCCCGGGGAUGCUCUUCAUCCAGACUUCAGGCACAGAACCGUGUUUUCGGGGAACAUGAGCGCCGGCGACUGCUCCAUCACCAUCAGACACAUGCGCAAAGAAGAUCAGAACACAUACCAGCUGCAGACCCGAGAGCAGGGUCAGAGGUCAUGGAUCACCCGAGCCACAAUCAACAUCACUGUGCACACUGUACCGGAGGCACCUGUGCUCUCGGACCCAGGGCCGGUGACGGAGGGCCAGCAGGUGGUGUUAAACUGCUCCCUGAGGGUUCACUGUCCAUCUGAUCGGCCCCGGCUGCUGUGGAGGUGGGAGCGGGGCCUUCAGGAUGGCAGCAGUGUUCAUGGCGACACGGAUCUGCAGCAGGAUAGACAGCAUGUGAUGGUUUUAUGGACGUCACUCUCUUUCACUGUCCCCAAAAACAUAAACCCCAGAGUCCGGUGUGAGGCAGAGUAUCCGGAGAAUAGGAGAUCAGCAGCCACCAGAGAGAUCCUCGUCCACUUUCCCCCGAGGGAUGUGCUGGUGCAGGUGGUGACGGUGUUGGUUCGGGCUGGAGGAAACGCUCUGCUGAGUUGCUCCUGUAAGGCUGAUCCGCCGGUGUCCCAGUAUCAGUGGUGGAUUGUGGAUUCAGGCCUCGCACCGGUGCUUCUUCCUAAACACACACACACUGUACGCAUCUAUAAUGUGAGCAGAAACACACACGUGCAGUGCAACGUUUCCAACAGAUUGGGACAAGCAUCAUCACGACUCACUGCCCUCAAUGUCCAGUAUGCUCCACUGAUAGACUUCAGCAGCUCGCGGUGUGUGUGGGACGGGGGUCAGCUGUCCUGCUGGUGUGUUGUGCACUCGAACCCUCGUCCUGCUGUCACCUGGAGUGUGAAUGGGACGCAGCCGCCGGACGAAUUCAACACAUCCUCCUUCAGUGUGAACCAAACACUGACGGCGACUCUGAGCGGAGCGACACACACACUGCUGCCCGUUCACUGCUACGCCUUCAACGCACUGGGCAACAGCUCCAUACUACUGCUGCAGAGAAACCAGACUGAUCUGCUGUGGACUGUCCUGCCGUGUGUGUGUGCUGUGACUCUUGCGCUGAUGAUGCUGAUACUGCUGUGUUACUGCAGGUCCAGCAGGCGGAGCAGACGAGUGGCGUCUCUUCAGCCGGUGUCAGUGUGUGUGUAUCAGGAGCGGACGCCGCUCUACAUAAACUGCAGUGAAGUCACACACGUCUACAGUAACGGCAGCUAUCAGCUCAUCUACCAGAACAGCACUCCGCUAUUUGUGCGCACCAAACAGACACAUAAGAGACAGAGACGAGGAGCUCGACGUCAGCGAGUGCAGAGACUGACCGCCGUGACCUCUGACCCCGAAACUGCCAUCUAUGUGGAGGUCAUUUAACCAACACACACAUCGCUCUGAAGACCUGCAUGAGUUUGCAUCAGCUCCUGAAAUAAACACAAGAGAAACCUCAGACUGCAGCUCGAAAUACGAGCAUCACUGACACUCUCAUUUUUCAUCCUACAUUCAUUCAUUACUAAAGUAAACACGGGCCUGUACCAUGAAGCAGGAUUAGCUAGCUAGUCAGUUAUGUUUCAGUUCAGUUUGCUCCAGUCCCAGGUUUUAGGUACCAUAAAGGAAGCUUGGCUUUACUCAAUUUUUGUUGCCAGGUUCAUGUUCUGGUUAUGUUCAGGAUACGUUCUUGUUAUGUUUUAGAUAUGUUCAGUUUAUAUUCUGGAUAUGUUCAGGUUAUGUUCUGGAUAUGUUCUGAAUAUGUUCAAGUUAUGUUCUGGAUAUGUUUUGCUUAAGUUAUGGUUAUAUUAAAUUUUGUUCAGGUUAAGUUCUGGUUAGGUUCAGGUUAUGUUCUAGAUAUAUUCAUGUUAUAUUUUGGUUAUGUUCUGGUUAUAUUCUGGAUAUGUUCAGGUUAUUAUCUGAAUAUUCUUUGGAUAGGUUCAAGUUAUGUUCGGGAUAUGUUCUGAAUAUGUUCAGGUUGUUUUCUGCAUAUGUUCUAAAUACCUUUUGCAUAGGUUCUGGUUAUAUUUAGUUUUGUAGGCUAUGUGCUGGUUAUGUUUUGGUUUUGUUGAGGUUAGAUUUUAGAUCUAAUCUGAUUAUGUUUUGGUUAUAUUCUGGAUAUGUUCUGGUAAGGUUCAGGUUAGGUUCUGGUUAUAUUCAAAUUAUAUUCUAGCUAUGUUUUGGUUAUGUUCUGAUUUAGGAAUCAAAAACCAUGUUUCAAUCAAUCAGUUGUGAGCAAAGUGACACAUGAGUCAAUAUAAACACUUUUGCAGUUUUGCUUCAAAUUAAAGUUAACAGAUAACGCUAUAUAACUAUAUAGAGUUAACGGAAAUUUAAAGACCAGCACCAAGUUAUGACUUUUUACCUAUUAUUUUUUUGCUAAAUUCAAAACUAAUACUGUAAACCUGAGUUUGUUAAACCCCCAUCAUGGUACAGACGUCUGGUGUCUUAAGUGACACAUAAACUCAAAGCUAAUCCUAUAAUCCUAAAUCUGUCAAGCCACCAUCAUGCAUUCUCCUGGUGUUUUCAGUGACGUAUAAACAUGAAACAAAUCCUGUAAUCCUGAGUUUGUUAAGCCACCAUCUUAGUACAGACUCAUAGUGUCUUCAGUGACAUGAAACUCGAAACUAAUAUUGUAAUCCUGAGUUUGUUAAACCACCUUUAUGAUACAGGUUCCUAGUGUCUCCAGUGACAUGUAAAAUAGAAGCUAAUUAUGUAAUCCUGAGUUUGUCAAGCCACCAUCAUAGUGCAGGUAGCUUGAUGUGUAAACUUGAAACUAAUCUUGAUGUCCUGAGUUUGUUAAACUACCAUCAUGGUACAGGCCUCUGGUAUCUUCAGUGACAUGUAAUUUCAAGGCUAAUUCUGUAAACCUGAGUUUGUUAAGCCACCAUCAAGGUACAGGCCUCUGAUAUUUUGUGUUUUCUGUCACAUAUAAACUUGAAACUAUCAUGUAAUCCAGAGUUGUUUAAGCCACCAACAAGGUAUUACCACAAGGUUUGUUCAUGUGUAAACCUAAUGCUAUUCCUAUAAUCCUGAGUUUGUUAAACCACCAUUAUAGAACAGG